AGCCAAACUCAGCGUGUGUUAAGGUUCAGACUUCUUGGACAUCUGAGCUCCAGACUGAGGACCCAGCUGGAGGGACGCUGCUUGGGAAACCCUGGCGAUCAGGUUUCAGAGGAACGGGAUGAGCUCCUGAGAUGGAAGAUCUGUCCUCUCCAGCAUCUGUGCUUCCCCAAGGGGGACAUACUCUACUCCCAUCAGCCAGUUUUCAGGAGUCAGUGACCUUCAAGGAUGUGAUAGUGGACUUUACCCAGGAAGAAUGGAGACAGCUGGAUCCGGUACAGAGAGAUUUAUUCAGGGAUGUGACAUUGGAAAAUUAUACACACCUGGUCUCUAUAGGACUCCAGGUUUCCAAACCGGAUGUAAUCUCCCACCUAGAGCAAGGGACAGAGCCAUGGACUGUGGAGCCAGGCAUUCCAGUAGGUGGCGUUGCAGACUGGGAGACAAGCCCAGAAAAUAGAGUAUCAGUCCCAGAGCUGGACAUUUCUGAAGAAGAGCCAGCUCCAGAGGCAGUAGUGGAGAAACACAGAAGCCCCGAUCGUCGGAGUUCUGACUUCUCAGAAACGUGGGUGUCAAAAGGCAGUCUAGAAAGGCAGCCAGCAAACGAACAGACACUGACUGGGGAAAUAAAAAUAACCGCAAAGAGGGUGCCCAUUUUGGAGGGAGACCGUGUAAAUUUUGACUUUGAAAAAAGCAUCAAUAUUAAUUCAGACCUUGUACCACAAGAAAUAUCUCCGGAAGAGACCUCUGUUAAAACAGGCAUCAAACAGAAUUUAAACACAGUUAAAAAAGAGAAAUCUUGUAAGUGCAACGAAUGUGGGAAAGCUUUUAGUUAUUGCUCAGCGCUUAUUCGCCAUCAGAGAACACAUACUGGAGAAAAACCCUACAAAUGUAAUGAGUGUGAGAAAGCCUUCAGCCGGAGCGAAAACCUUAUUAACCAUCAAAGAAUUCACACUGGAGAUAAACCAUAUAAAUGUGAUCAGUGUGGAAAAGGCUUCAUUGAGGGUCCAUCUCUUACUCAACAUCAGAGAAUUCACACUGGAGAAAAACCGUAUAAGUGUGACGAGUGUGGGAAAGCCUUUAGUCAGAGGACCCAUCUUGUUCAGCAUCAGAGAAUUCAUACUGGUGAGAAACCAUAUACUUGUAAUGAAUGUGGAAAAGCCUUUAGCCAGAGAGGCCACUUUAUGGAACAUCAGAAAAUUCAUACAGGAGAAAAACCUUUUAAAUGUGAUGAAUGUGAUAAAACAUUCACCAGGAGCACUCACCUUACUCAACAUCAAAAAAUUCAUACUGGAGAGAAAACCUAUAAAUGCAAUGAAUGUGGGAAGGCCUUCAAUGGGCCUUCCACAUUCAUCCGCCAUCAUAUGAUUCAUACUGGUGAAAAACCGUAUGAAUGCAGUGAAUGUGGGAAAGCUUUCAGUCAGCACUCAAACCUAACUCAGCAUCAGAAAACGCACACUGGGGAGAAACCUUACGAUUGUGCUGAAUGUGGAAAAUCCUUUAGUUAUUGGUCAUCCCUUGCUCAACAUCUGAAAAUUCAUACUGGAGAAAAACCAUACAAAUGCAAUGAAUGUGGGAAGGCCUUCAGUUACUGCUCAUCCCUGACUCAGCAUCGGAGAAUUCACACCAGAGAAAAGCCCUUUGAAUGUAGUGAAUGUGGGAAGGCUUUCAGUUACCUCUCAAACCUUAAUCAACAUCAGAAGACUCACACCCAAGAGAAAGCUUAUGAAUGUAAAGAAUGUGGGAAAGCCUUUAUUCGGAGUUCAUCGCUUGCUAAACACGAAAGAAUUCAUACUGGCGAGAAACCGUAUCAAUGUCAUGAAUGUGGGAAAACCUUCAGUUAUGGUUCAUCCCUUAUUCAGCACAGGAAAAUACAUACUGGAGAAAGACCCUACAAGUGUAGUGAGUGUGGAAGAGCCUUCAAUCAGAACAUACACCUUACGCAGCAUAAGAGAAUUCACACGGGAGCAAAGCCUUACGAGUGUGCCGAGUGUGGCAAAACCUUUCGACAUUGUUCAUCUCUUGCUCAACAUCAAAAAACGCACACAGAGGAAAAACCUUACCAGUGUAAUAAAUGUGAAAAGUCUUUUAGCCAGAGCUCCCAUCUGACUCAGCAUCAAAGAAUUCACACUGGAGAGAAGCCGUAUAAGUGCAAUGAAUGUGACAAAGCCUUCAGUCGGAGCACUCACCUGACGGAACACCAGAACACUCACACUGGGGAGAAGCCGUACAACUGUAAUGAAUGCAGGAAGGCUUUCAGCCAGAGCACGUACCUCAUUCAGCACCAAAGAGUGCACUCGGGAGAGAAGCCCUUCGGAUGUGACGAUUGUGGGAAAGCCUUCAGAUACCGUUCUGCUCUCAGCAAACACGAGAGGCUGCACCCUGGCAUCUGACGGUUCUAGGAGCAUCAUAAGCAUUGGUGGCGCAGUUCCUUGAGUCUGCCCUCUGUUAGGCACUGAAAGGUCCCAGCAGAUCGAGGCCUAUUGAAACCAUUUUAACUGUGCUGUCAGCUAUAGAGUAGAAAGUGCGUUGGCCUGAAGUAACCCGUUUUGUUAAGCAACUUUGUCACAUUGGGAAAUUCAACUGCUUCAAGCCUUACUUCCCUCUGAAAUGGAUUUGGAGUAGAUGAUUUCAAAGGGCAUUUGGAAUUUUAUGCUGUUUUGUUUAUUCACAGUAUAUUCUUGACUAGGGUUAUUACACAUCAGAUUUUGCUGUGUUGCUUCUAGAGUGUAUAUUUAUGCAUGUUUUGCUAAUAGAAAGCAUUUGUGCUUCAAUAACUAAACUGGAGAUCCUUUAUGCUCCCGUUCUAAUGCGUUUAAGUUGUUUAUGUAACUGGUUCCUAAUAAAAGGAAUUAUAAAAUACCCUCACGUUAAGAGUUCAGUAACAUAAUGGAUUAAUUCAUUACAAGUAUCAUACUUUUCUAUGACUUUCUCUUCUA